AUGUCGUCUACUACGAGUGAAGACUGGGACGUGAUCGUCGUGGGCUCUGGUCAUGCUGGUUCAUGCGCGGCGCUCGCCGCCGUUGAAUUCGGUGUUACCGCCGGGCGGGUCCUCAUCGUCGACAAGUGCCCCGCUGAAUGGGCAGGAGGUAAUGGCUACUUUACCGCAGGCGCGCAUCGCACCGUGCACGGUGGUCUUCAGGCGCUUCUCCCUCUUGUCUCGAACGUGCCCGCGGAAAAGGCGCCGAAGAUCGAUGUGCCGCCGUACACGACGGAGGACUUCACGGCGGAUAUCAUGCGCAUGGGCUCUGGACGAAAUGACAAGGCGUUGGUGAAGGAGGUGGUUGAUCAUAGCUGGGAAGCGGUGGAAUGGCUGAAGGAGAAAGUCGGUGUCGACUUUGUGCUGUCGUUCAAUCGGCAAGCCUACGAGAUCGACGGAGUGCAGCGGUUCUGGGGAGGCAUGGCGCUUGCGACCCAAGACGGUGGCAAAGGGCUCAUUGCCAGUGACCGCGCGGCAUUGGACAGAGCCGGUGUCGUCAGCUGGUUUGAAGCACCUGCUGUCGAUCUUGUAAUUGAGGAUGGCGGCGUGCGCAGCGUCCUGAUCGAGAAGGAGGGCAAGCAGCAGUGCCUCCGCGCGAAAGCGGUGAUACUGGCCGCGGGUGGAUAUGAGGCGAGCGCGAAGAAGCGGGAAGAGUAUCUAGGUCAAGGCUGGUCAGAAGCCCGAGUUCGCGGAACUCCCUACAACACUGGGGAUGGUAUUGAACUCGCACGACGCGCAGGUGCCGCACUCGCGGGCGACUGGGAAGGGUGCCACAGUACCUGUUGGGACGCGCACGCCGCACGGGAUACGGGGAAUCGCGUGCUCAGUAACCAGUACACCAAAAGCGGUUAUCCUCUGGGCCUGAUGAUCAAUGCCCGCGGAGAGCGCUUCGUCGACGAAGGCAAAGACUUCCGCAACUACACCUAUGCGGCAUUCGGGCGCGCUAUCUUGGAACAACCGGGCGGUUACGCAUUCCAGAUCUACGACCAGCGCGUCGUGAAGUGGCUUAGGGAAGAGGAGUAUGGCGAUGAUGUGGUGCAGAAGGUGUGGGCUGACAGCCACGAAGAGCUCGCCACAAAGCUACUCGAUGAGGGCCUCGAGGAUCGUACCGAGUUUCUUCGGACGAUCCGGACAUAUAACGCUCAUAUAGCUGCCGCGCAAACUGAUCUCACCGCAUGGGACCCGGCGAUCAAAGACGGUCUGUCCACUGGUAACAACUUGCCGCUGCCCAAAUCCAACUGGGCCCUGCCCCUCGACCGACCGCCCUACCUCGCGAUCAAGGUCGCGUGCGGUAUCACGUUUACAUUCGGCGGUGUCAAGAUCGACCCAGAGACCGCGAGUGUCGUGAAGGAGGACGGGAACAAGAUCAAGGGGUUGUUCGCGACUGGGGAGAUGGUAGGCGGGCUGUGGUACGGAAAUUACCCGGGAGGAAGUGGCUUGACGGCCGGGGCCGUGUUCGGCAGGAAGGCAGGAAGAGAAGCUGCCGCGCUGUGCGGUAAAGCCAGUUAG